AUGUCAUGCUAUUCAGUGAUUGCCAAGCGUCUAAUUGAGUCAAAGGCUACUAUUCCACAUUACUAUUUGACCGUCGACAUUCUCCUGGAUGAAGUUAUCAAUCUUAGAGAUUAUGUAAACAAGUUGCUUGUAGAGAAGGUAGCAAAAGGAGAGAAACCCGAUCAGAUCAGUAUAAAUGAUAUUCUCAUUAAAGCCGCCUCUAUUGCCUGCCGUCGUGUGCCUGAGUGCAACUCAUCUUGGCAGGGUGAAUUUAUUAGACAGUAA